AUGAGCUCUGCACCGAGCUGGCGCAGGAAGCGCCCCCGCUCUGCUGCCUCCAUCUUCCAGGGCAGCAGGACCUCUCCGCACGGCCGCGACAGUCAACGCCGGAGCAGCUGCUCCGAGAGCGCCUAUCAGACUCAGAGAGCCCUGGAUAUCUGCAAGAUGCUUGUCCAGGAGUUCAAUACCCAGGUGGCUCUGUACCGGGAGCUGGUCAUUUCCAUUGGGGAUGUCUCAGUCACCUGUUCAUCUCUGCAUGUGGAAAUGCACAAAACUCGAACCCAAGGAUGUGAGAUGGCCUAUCAGGCUCAUCAAAAACUAGCAGCAAUUUCUGGGUAG